AGUCGCAUAAAAAAGGUCAUAGAUUAAAAAUACCAUCUCACAUGUCUAUUUGAUACAUUAAUUAGAUUAAAUAGAUCUUUACUUUAAAUAUUAUUGCCAAAACAAUCGAGAGCGGUAAUACGCAUGCGCAUGAUGUCACCGGUGCUGCUUCAGUGAUAAUCGUUAUUCUGUGGUGUUUCGUAUUAAAAGUGGUGUUUACGCAAGUAAAAGGUUCCGAAUAACGGUGUUGGUCAAAAAAAGAAGUGGAGAUCACGAGGCAAGUUUAUUAAGAGGUUAGAAAAUAUCGAAUGAAAACAAAACGAACUUCUUGCGUGUUUGCUUUUUAUUAACGGAUAAUAAAGCUCGUCCAGCAAUAGAGGGGCUGACACUCAAGAUACACGCGUGCACGAUCACAUGUGAAAGCGAAAAAGGAGGGAGAGAAACAUAACACCCCGAGAAGACGCGCAUCACGAGCUAAUACGACGCAGAAAGAACGAGAGUGCGCGUCAGUAGGUUUACCCUGACCUCGGUCAGUCAGACACAGUUUAAUUUAACCGGGUCUCAGCAAACUCACAGUUCAAUCUAUCUUUGUCCAGUGACACGCUCGUAACCUCGCGGGGCUCGCGAAUUAACCUCACUCUUUCGUGGAAGGAAGGAUACACCGUUUUCCGGUACGUAGAAUAUUAGGCGUAUCCACCAAGAUGCUGGGGCUGCUUCUAUUAGUGGCUCUUGGGGCAUCAACGCUCGCUUAUAAUGGCGAGCUGGUGGAGCAAGAAUGUCCCAUGGACUGUCAUUGCCAUUAUUUUCGCGUCAACUGGGUGACGGACUGUUCCGAAAGCAAUUUGACCAGCAUCCCGUACGACGAGCUUAGCCCUAAUGUCUACAUUUUGGAUAUGAAUGGUAACAACAUCGCACGGAUCGGUCCGUUUCCACAGUCGAUCAAGCUCAGGCGUCUCCAGAUGGCACACAACAAAUUGACCGAACUGAAACACGACUCGUUUGCCGGGUUAACUUAUCUGUUGGAGGCCGACUUUUCGUCAAACGCGAUCACUCAUAUCGAUCCGGAGGCAUUCAGGGAUAAUCCAGGUUUGAUUACGUUGGAACUUCAGAACAACCCCUUGGACGAGGUGAAGGGUCACUUCUUAAAUAGUCGCACCCUGCUCUACCUUGAUCUGAAUUCCUGCGGUAUCCGCCGCCUCAAUACGCAAUUUUUCCACAACACGACGAACCUGAACAAGGUUGACUUAUCCCACAAUCCACUUGGAAGCAUAGAACCAGGCCCGUUCGAUCAUCUCACCAAUUUGGAGUACCUGAAGCUGAACGCUUGUAACCUGACUCACGUGUCUCCGGAUGCGUUCGCUCAUUUGGAAAAUCUGCGCGAGCUCGAGAUGGCGGAGAACGAUUUGCGAACGUUAAGCUGGACAAGUAUUCUUGCUCCGUUGAUCCGAUUGGAGUAUCUGAACAUCAGAAAGACCGGCAUCACGAAUUUGCCAGGAGAUGCAUUCGCCAAAAACCUGUACCUGCGACAGUUGGUCUUGGCGGAUAACGAGUUAUGGCACUUGGAUGUCGGCAACACUCUCGGCCACAAUCUGCACAGUCUUCAAUCGUUGGAUCUGUCGAACUGUAAUUUACAAGAUCGUCUGUCAGAAGAGGCGUUCAGAAAUUCGAGCAAAUUGCGGGUACUGAACCUGAGCGGCAAUCCUAUGUUCGCUGCUGACCUAACUGCCGUAUUACGCCACCUGCCGAAACUACAUAAGCUGUCGUUGAGCAACUGCAGCCUGCGACGCCUGCCAAACGCCUUCCACGUCUUUGAGCACCUGGAGGAACUCGACAUCUCUCACAAUCCCCUAUCAGACGCGUUCGUCAGCCUUUUGAAUCCAUUGGAGUCAUUGGAAUACUUAGACAUGUCUUACUGCAAUCUUGGUUAUGUAGGAAAUUAUACGUUCUCUCACAUGACCUUCCUGAAAAAGCUGAUCCUGUCAGGAAACAAAUUGCACACGUUAGAAGAAGGAUUGUUUGCUAAUCUGACGAGACUGGAGAGUCUGGAAUUGAACAACUGUGAUCUGAAAACGCCCAUCGAUCCGAAGGUGUUCGGUGAUCGUACCAGUACUGAUAUAAUUGAGCUGAAGCUCAGCGGAAAUCCGUUGGAGGUUCCGGAGAAUGGUUCUCUUCUUCCUGAGCAAUUCUCCAACCUCGAAACCCUCGAUCUUAGCAACUGUGGUCUGUUGCAUCUGAACGAGAACCUGUUCACGUCAGCGAAGAACCUUACUCAGCUGAACCUGUCUGGAAACAACAUAUCCCGCGUUGAAAAUUUGGCUUGUCUGAAAAAGUUGCGUGCGCUACAGCAUCUAGACAUUAGCAACAACAAUCUGAGCACUAUUAUUCCGGGAGUCUUCCGGUGGAAUCGGCAUCUCUUGUCUGUGAAUCUUCUGAACAAUCCAUUCGUGUGCAACUGCUCGAUCGCCGACAUGUGGGGCUGGGCUGUACAGGAAAAGAACGACCUUCAUGUCUUGGUAGGCAGUCAACCAGCCAACUUCGAAGCUGGAGCUGCGAAGCUGAGGAAGAGCUUGACCUGCAACUACGACGAGGAGACCCAUCGCAAGAUCGUGGAACAAGCACGCGCGAGCGGCGAUCAACGUAGACUUAGGAAGGGAGACCUUACUCCUACUCGUACCUGGGCGAAAUACGUCCGCGAGUCAAAUUGCGGUCGUAGUUCAUGAUAUAAGGCGAACAAAUUUCAACAUCCGAUGAUAAACUUCUAUUACGACAAGCUGCGCAGACUGAGAACCGAUCUCUGAACGUGGCUUGUCGAUAACGAAGCGUACCACCCGCAUACACAUGUACACAUCUAGACACCACGUGCCCGCGAUAUUAUCGUGUAGUUUUAUUACGGUCCCCGGCAUCCAAAAGUGUAUUCCCCUUCUCCCAUAGCAUACGACUUUAUUUUUGAACGACGUUGUAGAGUUAAGAUCGGGCGGUAGCGCACUAAACAUCGGAAUGUUGAAAUUUUUAUAACAUUGAUUUUCAAUACGUUGUAAAUACGCUAAAGACACAUGAUGCGUUGUUGUGUUCUUAAUAUUUGAAAGUUACAGCGCAGUCCCGCUAUAUGGCCCUAGAUGGAGACGUAGAAGUGGUGGAAAAGAACAUAUAAGUUGUAGCAUUGAAGACUCACCGGGCCAUGUAGCAAGAUUGCGCUAUAAAGUUUAAUCAAUCGUUAAUGAGUCAUUUUCGUGGAAUUAAUGACGUCAUUUAGUGUCUGACUAACGAACGUCUUUCGUAGUAAUCUAUUUCCAUUUAUUAUCAUUCAUUAUUAUUUUCAAAGUCAAACUUGUUGUGACAUUUGUACCAUUGUCCAAAGAAACAUGUGGUCGAAAGUUCGAAUUUCGCUCGAGGACAUAAUUUAUCGCAUUAGUCAGUGCGUUUAAUGUAAGGGAAGGUGCUAAAUUUUCAUUGUUCGUCGAAACAAUCAAAGAUCAACGAAAUCUGAUGACAAAAAUUCGCAUUUUCAAUUAAUCUUACUAAUUCAUCUCGUCGACGGAAUCGAUGCUAUCCUCUUUCACUUUGUAAAGCGUUCACUCGUGCAAACUUUCGGAUACUGAAAUUUAACCGAGUAUGCAAACGAACUCGACGUUCUUGAUUGUAAUUGACGACGAUAAAAUAAGGCUAGACGAGAGAAGAGACUGGGAAAGUUACGUUAAUGGUAUCUUUAGAUUCACGUGUUCUCAGGUCCAUGAUGAAGUUAUGAAGUUGGUGAAACUUGGACCUCCAUCGUAACCGACUGUGGAUUUUACGUUAAAACGACACGAAGUCGUGUUAGUUCUCAUGAGCAUGUCGUGUUUAACAAUUACGAGAAACUUGCUUGCAUGUUCGCGUAUACUUGUACUCGAUGUUUCUGUUAUCACAUGCGAGCAUGCAUUACGUAAAAUUAUGGACGUCGCCAGAUAUCUCUAUUAUAAAAACUUAAUUAUUUGAAUUAUUGAUCUUUGAUUGAUAAAGGAAGCGUAUGACACUACUUUUGAUUUACUUCCAAUUUUAUAAUUACUGUUAAAAUUCCCUCUACUAUGAGAAGUUUAGAUUUAAUCAACUUUCCAAAGCUCUUGCACUCCCUUUGCAAGUAGAGAGGGGCUAAUCAUAUUGUUGACUUAUAUUAAAAAUACUUUUUUGUUAACUUCGUAUUUUAUUCACAAGACAUAUCUGUAAUAAAUGUAACUAGUCCCACUCUAUUUCAUCGUUAUAAGUAAGGGAUAAUUAAUCUUAUGAUUCUUCGUCGUUUAUUCGUUAUUACAAAUAUAUUUAUUGGGUUAAAACGUUUAUAUAUAUUUAUUAAGUUAAAAGCAUUUUUUGUUAUCUCACAAUUAGUGAUACUUUAAGACAAGAGGUCAUCUUCUCGUACUGGGUGCUGUAUCUCCUUUCAGCCAAGAAGUGUUCUCUGGCGGUGUCCAUGUAUAAAUUAGGAUACCCUGCAAGGUACUUCGAUUUCCUUCCCUGGACUAUGCCGGGUUAAACUUUUUAAUUUACGAACGAUUUUAUCAAAGGAACACGUGUUCUUUAUGUUUUCAAUACGUGUACAUUGUGUUGUUUCUUGAAAGUACGGGUAAGGUGAACCAAAUUUUCGGUUUUGUUGUCGCUUAAAAACCUGAGCAAGAUCAAGUGCCGAUUUCACUACAUUCAUGAAAUGUAUAAGACUGUAUUUAAUAAAGGAAUCAUUUUUCUUGGUAA